UGUCAGGACUCCUCCCUGGGCCUGAACUUGAAAGGCAGGGGCUGGACCACGCCCUGGCCCCAAGCAGUGGGCCCCAAGGUUCUGGGUCUCAGUCCCCCGCGGAGCCGACCGCUGGCGCGAUGGUGGCCGUCUGGCUGGUGCACGUCGGGCAGAAGCUGCUGCUCUGGGGCGCGCUCAGCGCCGUCUCCCUGGCCUGCGCCACCCUCAUCCUGAGCUUCCUGCAGAUGAUGGCGAGCUACGCGCAUAACUGGCUGCAAAUGAGGCCCAUCCCCACCAUUCCCUGCGCCUACCCCUUCGUGGGACACUUGCUGAUCCUGGAGCGAGGAGGGAAAGAGUUUUUCCAGCAGAUGAUUUAUUACACAGGACGCAACAGACAUGUGCCAAUGCUAAAACUCUGGCUUGGCACAGUACCAGUAAUGGCCAUGUUUAAGGCCGAAACUAUAGAGGCAAUUUUAACUAGCUCAAAGCAAAUUGACAAGUCUUAUCUGUACACAUUCCUACAACCAUGGCUUGGCCUAGGACUUCUUACCAGGGUACUCAAGCAAUGCACAUUUUUAAUAUAUCAGCUGAUACAUUUGCAUCCUGUUUAUAGGAUGAGUGAUUUGGUGCAUCAAAGAAUGAAGACGAUUUGGUUCUGGCAUGACGUUUUGUACCUUUUGUUUAAGGAAGGAAGGGACCACAAAAGGAACCUAAAGAUCUUACAUAAUUUUACCACCAAUGUCAUCAAUGAACGGGCCAAUGAAAUAAAGAGAGAUGAAGUACAUAAAAGUGAUGACAAGGGCACGACCCUCUCCAACAGAAAACGAAAGGCUUUUCUCGACCUGCUUUUAAAUAUGAUGGACGAUGAAGGGAACAAGCUAAGCCUGGAGGCUAUUCGAGAAGAAGUGGACACUUUCAUGUUUGAGGGCCAUGACACAACUGCAGCUGCAAUAAACUGGGCCUUGUACCUUCUGGGUUGCUAUCCAGAAGUCCAGAAAAAAUUAGACAAUGAACUGGACGAAGUGUUUGGGAAUUCCGAUCGCCCUGUUACCUCAGAAGACCUGAAGAAACUUAAAUAUCUGGAGUGUGUUAUUAAGGAGACCCUUCGUAUUUUUCCUUCUGUGCCUAUAAUUGCCCGUGGUCUUAAUGAAGAUUGUGAUGUUGGUGAGAAUUCUUUCAUGAAAGUAGUGGGGAGAGUGGACUUUUCUGUGUCUGUCUUAAUUGCUUUUUCAAAACCAAAACAGAGAAUGCUCACCAUAGGACCAGCAGAAAUAAUUCAACAAAAUGAAUGCACAUCGCCAUGCAUUAUAAACACUUUUGGCUUUAGUCAAAGGUUUGCCAUGAUGGAAGAAAAGGUUGUUCUUUCAUGCAUCCUGCGGCAUUUUUGGGUAGAAUCCAACCAGAAAAGAGAAGAACUUGGUCUGACAGGAGAGCUGAUUCUUCGUCCUCUUAAUGGCAUCUGGAUCAAGUUGAAGAGGAGAAACUUAGAUGCAUCCUAACUCCAUUAUUGGGCUGUGCCAUAGUAGGAAUAAGGUCUUUCUUUAAGAGAAACUUUGCAUUUACAAUGUGUAGAUCAUGAGUUUAAUACUCUUAGUCCCUACACCUAUUUUUUUUCUUACCCCACUUAUCUUGGGGUCAAGUCUAUCAAAGGAAGAGUUUUUAUAUUUUCAUCACCACCAUUAUCUUACCCUUGGUCAUGAUCCCAAACGGUGAGUUAACUGAUGUCAGUACCCAAAUAAACAUAUACAUUUCUCAACAGAGGGAUCCAUAGGCCAAUUCAAUUUCAAUUGACAGACCCAAACGAUAUAAGUUAAUUGAAGUUUCAGAAUUUUUUAAGGUAUUUCUGUUGAACACAAAUAUACAUAUAUACAUAUACAUUCAAUUUGAAAAGGUUAAUUAAAUACUUAGGCUUGAGCUUAGGUUUUAAAAAUUAUAUCAGUGGCAUCAGUUAUGAGAAUAAUUAUGAUGAUGAUACUUUUCAGAUUUUAUCAAGGAGAGCAGAUAAUUUAUAAGUUGACUCAUAAGUUCUGUUCCUAUUUCCCUCUAACCGUGUACUUAUGGCCUUCACUUCAUUCUACAUAACAUCACAAUUACCUUCUCACAUCAUAUAUUAUCGGGAGAGAGUCCUCUUGGUGAUCUCCAGUCCCUCAUAAUGGCUUUUGGAGCUGGAUGCACCUUAGACCUUAUCAGGUUAUACUCCUUUUCAUUCCAAGGAGAUAAGAUCAAUCAGAGGUAAGUUUCUAUCCAAAGUCAUACCACUAGGGGGUGACAGAGCUGGGAAUAGAUAGAGGUCUAAAUUCUAAAUCUCUACUACAGUAUGCUAUUGCUUUAUGAAACUCGGGUCUGUAAGUGGGUGUAUCAUUAGAACACAGAUCUUCUAGAAUUCUCCCAUCAUUAAUGAGAAGAGAAGCUGCACAUGUAUAGUAAUCCAGCACCUUGUUUAGGGUUAACCUUCUGGGAAAUUCAAUCCUCUCGAACAUACCUGUGAAGCUGAAAACUGACACAAAUUCCCUGAAUUUGAAUUCCAUUGACAAUAUUUCUACUCCCUCACUCAGUGACUU